CAACAGAUCAAUAUAGACACACUGAACAAACGCUUCCAUUAAUUUAGGCCACAAGUUCAUCAAACUUCAAGAGCUAGCGGCCGAUAUGGCUCCAGCUCGAUUUGUUGCAGGGAUGCUGCUGGCGGCGAUCGCCAGUGUGCUCUCCGUGGCCGCGGACAACCCGACCACGCCCUCCCAGCAACCCUUCGUCUGGCAGAAGGCGCAUGCGACGUUCUACGGCGGCGCUGACGCCUCUGACACAAUGGGUGGCGCGUGCGGGUAUGGUAACCUCUUCUCUGAAGGGUACGGGACACGCACGGCGGCUCUGAGCACCGUGUUGUUCAAUGACGGCGCCGCAUGCGGGCAGUGCUACAAGAUCGCAUGCGACCGAAAGCGCGCGGAUCCGUUGUUUUGCAAGCCUGGUGUGACGGUCACCGUCACGGCCACGAACUUCUGCCCGCCCAACGAUGCCCUCCCCAAUGACAACGGCGGCUGGUGCAACCCACCGCGGCCGCAUUUCGACAUGGCCCAGCCGGCCUGGGAGAAGAUCGGUGUUUAUAAAGGUGGCAUCAUCCCCGUCAUGUACCAGAGAGUUCCAUGCGUGAAGCGGGGUGGCGUGAGGUUCGUAAUCAAUGGUCACGAGUACUUCAAUCUUGUGCUUGUGAGCAAUGUUGCUGCAGCUGGCUCUAUCAAGUCCAUGGAUGUCAAGACCUCUGAUUCCGACGAGUGGACGCCUAUGGCACGCAAUUGGGGUGCUAACUGGCACUCGCUUGCGAACCUCACCGGCAAGAUGCUCUCCUUCAGACUAACCAACAGUGAUGGACAUACGCUUGUGUUCAAUGAUGUUGUGCCAAAGGGAUGGAACUUUGGGCAAUCAUUUGCUAGCAAAUUGCAAUUCUAGUGAGCAAUGUCUGCCGAGUGAUGGAUUUGUGGUAAUUACGCUGCGUCAAAUGCAAGUUGUGUAAUUGUGUGUUGCUUGUAUCCCUGAUUUAAUUUUACAAUUCAAUUUGUUCAUACUCACUGUGUAAUUCUUCUGGUGUAUCUAAGACCAUGUUCAUUCCAUCAAUUGUGUAUU